AAAAUAGAGCAGAGUCAGAAGACUCCGAAGUCCUAACACAUAAACUAGAGUAAUUUUUUUUAGCGUGAUACUCACAGCGCCACAUUGUAUUAUCAAUCUAUUGAUGUUGUAAGACAUAAAUUUAUUUAUUAAUACUAUACCUUAGAUUCAUCCAUUCAUGUUUUAACACAUCAAUUAGUAACGUCAAUGGGGUCAUAAAAUAUGUUUGGCCUAAAACUGGUGGUAUCAGAUUCAAAACCUCAAAACACCAGUGUGUGAGAAAUCCCGUCCCCUUCCUACUUUUGAUCCAAAAAAAAUAAUACAUCAAUUAUUAACACCACGUAAUUGUAUGUAUGACUAUGAGUAAUGGACUUUAAAACUGGUGGGGAUAAGUCAAAGUAGCAAAUAGCCCGCCGAAACUACAAAACCAUAUGCUUGUUUGCGCGCUCUCUCCCUCUCUCCUUCGUUGUGCUCCAAAAAACCAAGACCCGAGCUAAGAGAUGCAAAGUACUAGUAUGCUGAACAAGAUCAGUCACAGGUGUAAGUAGAUAUGUCAAAACUUGGAUUUUUUAUGGAGAGGAAAACAACAUUGUGGUAAAAGAAAUCAACAGAAUUUGUUUGGCUGGUAAUCUGAGGGACAACGUUAGAGGACCCUUUACAACUAUGCUCACCCGGAAUUUACUCUCAGUCAAUGUACCUUGUUUGAGAGGUUUUUCAUCAGCGGCGGCUAGUUUUCUUAGAACUGGGGAUAAAUUGAAGCUAUCUAGAAUAUUCACAAGUGAAGAUGUUUUAGAGUACUCCAAAGUGAGUCAUGACUCUAAUCCUCUGCAUUUCGAUUCUGAGUCCGCUCGAAAUGCCGGAUUUGAAGAUCGACUGGUUCAUGGGAUGCUUGUUGCUGCCCUGUUUCCCAAGAUCAUAUCUUCUCACUUUCCUGGGGCUAUAUAUGUUUCCCAAAGCUUGCAUUUCAGGUUGCCCGUCUAUAUUGGCGAAGAGAUUGUUGGCGAGGUAGAAGCAACUAAUAUAAGAGAACAGAAGAACAGAUGCCUAGUGAAAUUCAAGACAGCAUGCUUCAAGAAUGGUGCUAUCGUCAUUGACGGUGAGGCAAUGGCCAUCUUACCUGCACCAGCUGUGGAACAAGCGAAUACUUCGGCAUGACAGACAUCCGGUUCGGGUUGAGCUACUGCCGUAUUGAUUGAAAGUUCAAAAGCAAUUCAGUGUGGCUGAAAUUCUCCGUAUGGUUUAGUCGAACUUCUCCAUCCCUUUAUUUAAUAAAAAUUUAUCUCAAGGAAAUUAGAUUGUAAACUCUAGAUGGAUAGCGUUUACUUUUUUUCUCUUCUUUUUUUGGGCGGAUGAUUUCAAGAUUUCUUCAAUCAGCUCCGUUCAGAUUAUGGGUUCCCAAUAUUACAUCCAUGGAAUUCGAUUGUAAAAGCUGAAUUAAUAUACAAUUACAUGUAAAUGUGCCUGAGGAAAUACUAGCAUCACUCGUGUGUCACUAAUUUCUGGCCUUUGAUGUAUAAAUGGCCCAAAAUUAGAAUAUCGUUAUGCAUAGAUGGAU